CGAAAAGGACCUGCAAACAAUGGAAAUUUAGCAGAAAAAAAAAAAGACCAAACUUCAGCCGAAUCCAGCCUUCAUCUUUUCUGUCAGUAGAUUUUGGCCUUACUUUCACUAGUCAAAACCCUCUGAAAAAAGAAUUAAAAGCUUCCCCUUUUUAGCUUUGGCUCCUCUUCCUUUGUCGUUGCUUUUGUUUAACUUUCAAUGGAGCAUCACGUAAUGUGGAUGGUUUUGUUGCUUUUUCGUUGGUUUUGUUGGGUCCAUUCCGUUUCAGCUGGUGAUAGUCUUCUCUCUCCAAAAGGAGUUAACUAUGAAGUGGCGGCUUUGAUGUCGGUGAAGAGGGAGAUGAUAGAUGCUAGGAACGUGAUGGACGGCUGGGAUAUUAACUCAGUUGAUCCUUGUACUUGGAACAUGGUCGCUUGUUCUGCUGAAGGUUUCGUUAUCUCCCUGGAAAUGGCCAGCACGGGAUUAUCAGGACUGCUUUCACCGAGUAUUGGGAAUUUGAGUCACCUAAGGACUAUGUUGUUGCAGAACAAUCAGUUGUCAGGUCCCAUCCCAGAUGAGAUAGGGAAGCUCUCUGAGCUUCAAACUCUGGAUCUUUCUGGUAACCAAUUUGUUGGAGUAAUUCCAAGUUCUUUGGGCUCUCUAACACAUCUAAGUUACCUGCGGCUUAGCAAGAACAAUUUAUCUGGACCUAUUCCUAGACUCAUUGCAAAUCUCACUGGUCUUUCAUUCUUGGACUUAUCAUUUAAUAAUCUUAGUGGUCCUACUCCAAAAAUACUAGCAAAAGGUUAUAGUAUUACAGGGAACAACUUUCUUUGCACUUCUUCAUCUGAACAAAUUUGCACGGAUGUUACAAAACCAUUAAAUGUGGCAGGCUCAGUUUCAUCUUCUAGAGUCAGUGGAUACCAUCGUUGGGUGCUUUCUGUUGCCAUAGGAAUCAGUUCUGCAUUUGUGGUUUCCGUGAUGCUGCUUGUUUGUUGGGUGCAUUGGUAUAGAUCUCGGCUUCUGCUAACAUCAUAUGUGCAGCAAGAUUAUGAUUUUGAAAUUGGUCAUCUAAAGCGGUUCUCAUUUCGUGAACUGCAAAUAGCUACGGGCAAUUUUAAUCCCAAAAACAUUCUAGGGCAAGGAGGAUUUGGAGUUGUUUAUAAAGGAUGUCUUCCAAAUAGGACAGUGGUGGCAGUUAAAAGGCUAAAAGAUCCAAAUUUCACAGGAGAAGUGCAGUUUCAAACUGAAGUAGAGAUGAUUGGUUUAGCUCUUCACCGUAACCUCUUACGUUUAUAUGGCUUCUGCAUGACACCUGAUGAGAGGUUGCUAGUUUACCCUUAUAUGCCAAAUGGGAGUGUUGCUGAUCGCUUAAGAGAUACUUCUCGUGAGAAGCCUUCUCUGGAUUGGAAUAGAAGAAUGCAUAUUGCACUUGGAGCUGCACGUGGACUUCUGUAUUUGCAUGAGCAGUGUAAUCCAAAAAUAAUUCACAGGGAUGUGAAAGCUGCAAAUAUUUUGCUUGAUGAAAGUUUUGAAGCUGUGGUAGGGGAUUUUGGUCUUGCUAAGCUCUUAGAUCAAAGGGAUUCACAUGUUACUACUGCUGUGCGGGGUACUGUAGGACACAUUGCCCCAGAGUAUCUUUCAACUGGACAGUCUUCUGAAAAAACAGAUGUCUUUGGAUAUGGGAUACUACUCUUGGAACUCAUCACAGGACAAAAGACAUUAGAUGCUGGUAAUGGACAAAUUCAAAAGGGAAUGAUUCUUGACUGGGUUAGAACAUUGCAUGAGGAGAAGAGGCUUGAAGUGCUAGUGGAUAGGGAUUUGAAGGGAUGUUUUGAUGCAUUAGAAUUGGAAAAAACAGCAGAGUUAGCUCUGCAGUGUACUCGGCCACAACCACACCUUCGUCCAAAGAUGUCGGAAGUUUUGAAGGUCCUGGAAGGUCUUGAGCAGUCAGGAACAGAGGAAUCACAAGGUGGAACAAACCUUUGUGAGACUAGGGCAUGUAGCUUCUCUAGGAAUUACAGUGACAUCCAUGAAGAGUCAUCCUUCAUCAUCGAAGCCAUGGAGCUUUCUGGACCUCGGUAAUGGAAAGUAUAAAUUUGCCCUUUCCCAUCCAUUUGUACAUGAUUUUUGCACUGGAGAGCUCAGAGUCCACAUUCUUUUUGGCCCUUUUCCCUUUAGGGGAUUGUAUUAACUACAUGGAACUAAAGUAAUGAACUGUUAAGUGUUAGAUUGAGGAUCUCUCCUAUAAGUUAGGUGAAAUGUCCACAAAUUUUUGACUCAGGAUGUGGGGCGUUAGUCCUCUGUGUAGUUAUAGGAGUGUACCGUUGGUUAUAACGGAAGCAUUAAGAUUGUUGAGUCUAAGAUUUGAUUGUAACAUAUAUAUUAGAUACAGUGAAUGAUAAAUGUAAUCAAGCUUUCACGGAGAA